UGGGAAUGAACCACGGGCAGUUCCAGCAGCCCCAGCCUCCCCUGGGCCAGGUCUACAUGAGCCAGCCUGGAAUGCAGCCUCCUCAGGCUGGGCAACCUGGAGGACCCGCCCCUGGUCCCCAGCAGCCUGGAGGGCCCCCCGGGCCUCAGGGCCAGGGCUAUCCAGGCCCCGCAGCGCAGCAGCAGGCCGCGCUCCAGCAGAGGCUGCAGCACCACCUCCAGCUGCAGCAGCAGCAGCAGCAGCAGCAGCAGCAGCAGCAGCAGCAGAACGCUAUGGCCGGCCUGCAGGGCGGCGAUGGCGGCCCGGGCGGAGGCGGCAUGGGAGGGGGUCCUCAGCAACCACAGCCUCAAGGGCCCCAGGGCCCCCAGGGCGGAGGCCCCUCCCAGCCCUCGCAGGCCCUGCUCCAGCAGGUCCUGCACCAGAGGAUGCUCCAGCAGCAGCUGGGCACCGGGGGGUCCCCGGCCCAGCACAGCAACCCCAUGAGCCCCCAGCAGCAGAUGGCUCCCUCGCCGCACCUCCAGGCCCAGGCGCUGGCCAACCAGGUGCGCUCGCCGCAGCCCUCGCCGCGGCCCCAGUCGCAGCCGCCCCACUCCAGCCCGUCCCCCCGCAUGCAGCCCCAGCCCUCGCCGCACCACAUCUCCCCUCAGACUCAGACGGGCUCCCCGCACCCGGGCCACAUGAACCAGCACCACCCGGGCAUGGGGGCGCCCCCCACCCCGCAGCAGCAGGCGUCGGCCCAACAGAACAAUAUGGAGCAGUUUGGGUCGGAGCAGAACGCCAUGCUGUCGCAGCUCAGCGGCAUGUCCGGGCUGCACGGCCACGGGGGCAACGGCCAAGACCCGCUGGGCCCCAACAUGAACCACAACCCCCUGGACAUCAUGUAGGGGCGGAGCCCCGGACACCACGAGGGGCGGAGCCCAACACUCUGCGAUUCAUGGCAGAACUGCACUCGCCCCGGACAGUGUUAUUAUCGUUAUUAAGUUUAAUACUUACCCUCCGGGUUCUUUUUAUACUAUUAUUAAAUGUUAUUUAAAAUGUUUUCAAUAAAGAUACAUUGAACUGAACUUCCUAUGGGAGAUGCAACAAUAAAUCAACCGGUCGAUAAAUGAAUUAGAAUAAAUGAAUUGUAAGUUAUUGCUGUUAAUAUAUUUUUUUGCCAAUUGUGUACAAAGGAGGAUAGUUUCUCUAUGCCCCCGCUCUGAGGAUAAAAACAGGAUAUUUUCUGGGAGGGCGGGUGGAUGGUGCAGCAUUUGCCUUUUUAACAAAUGUUUUUAAAGAUUUUAGAAGCGGUAAAGAAUUAAAGAGGACGCGAUUUUAAUGCAAUGGACUUUUUAUGGUUUUUUUUUUUUCAUCAUUCAGUAUGAAUUUUUCAGAGUGCGAGAUAUUAAUGUUAUCAUAAAUCCAAACAAGAUGCAUAUCUUCGGUUAAAAUGUUUGGUUUUUGAUUUAUUUAUUUUUGUUCAAAGUGGGGUCGUUUUCUUAUUUUUUGUUAUAUUACCCAGAGACUGCUACAAUUGGUAGACAUAUAUUUUGUAAACCGGUCGCAGACGGGCUGGUGUAGGAUCAUCAUUUCGCCGUCGAUGUAUUCGGUCUGUCCAGAGUGAGGUUCUGUCAGUGUUAUGGCGGUGGAGGGCCGAUACCUCCACACCGGCCAAGCACCCCCCCUGCCGGCCACUGUAUGGCUGGCACGCUGGGGGGGACUCACAAACAGCCCGCUCCCUUUUGAAUGUAUGUGUGUGUGUGCGUGGGCGUGUGGGUAUGUGCACUCCUUCCUUAAAAAGACACUUCAUACGAAGCGUGUGGGGAGGGACGGGGGGCGGUCGGUGGCAUACCUGUGUGCCUGUAACGUUUCAAGUAUACGGGGGUGUGGGGACCCCCGGGGGCGGGGCCGGGGUCGUCCAGGGGUUUUUCUUGGACUCUCGCCGUUCCGAGGAGUUUAAGGCGAGAGGCUCUAUCCAAACAGACUGUGUUGCACAGCGACAGGAGGAGAGGCGGACCGCCCCCCCGCAGCGUGCGUGCGUGACGCUCUCUGUGCCUCUGCGUUUUUCUUUAUUAUUUUUCUGUUGCUGCUUCCCCCGGAUGUGCGCCUCCCACUCUCCGGGAGCAGAGGACUGCCCACUUCCGGUACCGCCCCCUCUCGAGACUCCGCCCUCAAUCUAUCUUUCUGCUAAGAACUUUGGGAGUUUUAAUUUAAUAUUUUUUACUGUACAAAGGAAACACAAACUGUGGACUCAAAUACUGUUUUUAUAAUAAAAUGGAAAUUACAAAUAA